ACAAAGCUUGUAGUCUUUAUUUUGUAUUAAUACCUUUUUGUUUAAAAGUUUGAUUAUCCUGAUUUAACGUUAAUAAACAGGUAAGCGCAGCCAAGUUAACAGGUCUAAACGUGCUCCUCUCUAAAUAAAUUAGCACAACUCUUUCGCACACUGUCAUCCACGCUUAGCCUCAAAAUAAACGCGCUAAGUAGUUUAUAAAAACUGAAUUUGUUUGUUAUAGUUAUAACUGUCUGCGCAUACAAUAAUGGCAUUCCAAUUGCCUCCAACAACAACAGCUGCCUCAACAGGAUUUUCCUUUGGCUUGAACACCGCACAAACAACUGCUAAUCCAGCUGCAGCUCUUGCCGCCAAACCCACAUUUUCAUUCCCUACGCCGGCGCCGACUAUCAAUCAAGGCGGCGGUGAUGCGGACAAUUCUAAGGCAGCUCCGCCACCGUUUGGUGGCUUUGGUUUGGCUGCAACGACUUCAGCAUCAGUUGUAAAUCCGCUGCAAGGUAUUGGUACUGGAUUUGGAGCAGUUGCUCCAACAGCGACUGCGCCACCGGCUGCAGCUCCAACCGCAGCACCGCCAGCGUUUGGUGGCUUUGGUCUACAGUCUGGGACAACAACAGCAACCACAACAGCGGCUGCAGCCGCUCCUGCUGCUGCUCCGCAGGUUGGAGGAGGACUUACGCUCGGUAUAAGCGUAGGUCCGAAAAGCACUGUAGCUGCAGCACCCGCAGCGGCUGUAGUCGCUCCUCUAACUAGCACCGCAGCGCCUACAGCAGUUGCUGGCCAACCAACUGGAUUUGCCAACUUAUCAACGGCAACCAAGACCACAGACUCGGCAGCGGUUACAAACGCUUCACAGUUGACCUACAAUCAGUUGGAGGAGCACAUCAACAAAUGGACGCUGGAGUUUGAAGAACAAGAAAAGGUGUUUGCUGAGCAGGCCACACAAAUAAAUGCUUGGGACAAGCUGCUUAUAAAUAACAAUCAGAAGAUUAUCGAAUUAAACGAUGCUGUGGGAAAGGUCAAGAACGAUCAGCAGGUGUUGGAUCAGGAGCUGGAGUUCAUAGCCACACAGCACAAGGAGCUGGAGGAGAGUCUGGCGCCGUUGGAAAAAGAGUUUAUUAACCUACCACGUGUCGACCAUGAGCGUAGUCAGACCUAUCUAAUGGUAGAGAAUCUAGAUACGCAGCUAAAACAGAUGUCGGAGGAUCUGAAAGAGAUUAUUGACAAUCUCAAUGAAGCCAACAAGGGUCAGGAUAAUACAGAUCCUAUUAUACAAAUUGGCAAGAUUCUGAACGCGCACAUGAGUUCGCUACAAUGGAUUGAAUCCCAGUCCACGCACAUCUGCAAGAAGCUCGACGACAUUGGCAAAAUUCAUGAAACCCAGAAGCGUGAUAUAUUCCGCGCUCCUUAUUAAGAGCUGUUAUUAAUUAAUUUGCUUUGAAUAAAAAUAAUGUUUGUAAUUUA